CUCAUUCUGGCCGCUCACUCUCCGUCUCUCGCGGUCCCAGUCCUCCACAACAUUUCCCUUUGCCUCCUUCUUCCCCCCUCCAACCCAUUCCCAUUCCCCGUCUCCCCUUCCCCGUUCCCUUCCUAUCAUCACUCACGCCCGCCACUUCUUCCUCAUCGCUGCUGAAUGCAUCGUCGUCGCCAUCACAACGCCCUUACCACUCCACAGCAGGGCACCCGGCACCGGCAUCGCAGCUCCAGCCACACCUUCAGCUCCAGCUUCACCUCCAAGUAGCUUCGUCCCCCAAAGACAUCCGGCAGUACCGCGCGGGCCAAAGGCAGGGCGAAGGUGUCAUCACGGACAUUACUGUUCUCCAGCAAGACUCCUCGAACAGUCGGUCUUGCGCCUGCGCCCAUUUUUCCCAUCCAGUACAAUCCCAUCGCACCUGACCUCCGGCCUCGUUCUUGACUCUCUCUCUCGUCUCCAAAGAGUCAAGUGUCAGAGAUUAGACAAGUCAUCCAUCCACCCGUGGACGUGCCCGAGCUUAGUUCCGACAUUCGCACAAAACCAUCACCCACACACACGCAUACAGACAUCCACACACAUACAAACAGAGAGAGAGAGAGAGUGUGUGUGUGAGCGCGAGAGACUCGAUACGUCCCAAACCACCAUCGCCACCCGUUCCUCUUGCGGCGAUAACCGAGAACCCCGUCGACCGCCCCAAUUCGCAUCUCACCGCAGACGUCGCGAAUAGCAUCAUCAACUCACCAGCCAUUGCCGUCCUGCAGAACCCGCGGACAACCCGCCCGACCGACCCCCCUGCACAUACAGACCAGACACACACCACACAAACCUCCCCACGCCAGCUCCAGCUCCAACUCCACGUCUUUUUUUCGCGAUCCGCCUCACCUGCUUCACACCCGCCUGCCCAAAACCCUUGAAAGCGCGUGAUCCAAUCAACUCGUUGACAUUGUCCACCACCACCACCAUCACAGUCGCCGCCGCCCGUCUCCUGCACAUGGGUCCGCGAUCCUCGCUGUAGUAGCAACCCCCUCCCCUCCCCAUCCCCCUCUCCAUCUCCAUCUCCUUCUUCCCUCCCAAUUCCAUCACCUCUUCUCUCACGUUGCCUCGCCGUGCACCUAGCAAUUCCCCUCCCACAGCAGCAAAAUAGGGUUCUACCAUCGCGACGGCCCAUCGUCGCAAUAUCGUCACGAUGGACCACCCGAAAGACUUCCGCUCGACGGUUCUGCAGGCGCCCUCCCGUCACGACGACCGCGACCGUGAACGUGAGCGUGAACGUGACCGCGACCGCGACAAUGACCGCGACCGCCGUCACCAUCGCGACAUCAUGAACCCGACCCCCGGCAGCACGCGACACUCCGGCUUCAGCCUGCGAUCGCCCACACAAUCUGAGUACCACCAUCCCCAUCACUCGGCGUACUCGUCGCCCAAGGCGGCACCGUCCCAUUCGCUCCCGCACCACUCUCCACGAUCCCAUCAGUCCGGCCUGUCGCAUCCGAACUCCUACCCUUCGUCGUCAACGACGUCGACCGGCCCGCUCGCGCCCACGUUACCCGCGCUGGGAGGAGGAGGCGGCGGCGGCGGCGGAAGCGGCAGCGGCAGCAGCUCGGGAGCCGGACACCAUCAAGCUCCUCCGUUGUCGCCGUUGCACCCCCCGAGCGGAUACUACCCGCCCCCCGAGUCGCAUCAGACGCGCGACAAGCCGACGACGGGCAGCUACUACGAUCCAUUGACUGAUACCACAAGAGAGAGGAGGAUAUCGGACGCGGGAUGGAGUGGGAACGCGGCCAAGGGCUCGCCCAAGACCGCCCGCGACCCCUACGGUAACUACUCUCAACAACAACCAGCCGAGCCGGUAUCUCGAGACUCCCACGCCUACUACAAGAACGGAGGAGGCGCCAGCGCGGGCUACACGUCCCCAUCCGCUGCCAACUUCCCCCCGAGGAGCCCGCGGUCCCAUUCGCACUCCCACUCCCACUCCCAUCAACCGCCCGCCGGUUCCAUCAGCCCUUCCAACAGGACUACGCCGCACAUGACGUCCCCCAGCCUGCGGCAUGCCGCGUCGCCCAGCGUGCACGCCGCAUCCAAUGGCGGUCCCGUCACUUCUCUGCCUCCCCUCGGAAAGCCCGAGCCUUCUACCCUGAAAGCUCCUGCCAGUACCCCUAGCCGCUCCGCCGAUCCCAUGUCUUUCUCCAACAUUUUGUCCAGUGCAGAGCCCGUCUCAAAACCAAAAUCGAAAUCGCCCCCUCCCGCCCGAGACGAGAAGGAUACCGAGAAGGUCGCCGAGAAGGACGCCGAGAAGGACGCCGAGGAGGAGGCCAAACCUCAUCAGAAGCCCGCCCCCAAGCCCGCUCCCAAACCUGACCGCGAGAAGCCUCGCUCCACCGAGCCUCCCGUGAAGACCGAGCGCAGCGAACGCGAAGCCGAGAUCGAGCUCCGACCCGAACCCGCCAAAGAGCGAUUUAGCACACCUCUCGCCAGAAAGGAGAGAAAGGAGAGGGUGCCGCGGAAAUCAAAGUCACGCGCUUCCGAUAUUAGAGAUGCCGAGUCCACUCCCAAGACUAGCCGCCGGUCCUCUUCCAAGCUCGAGGUGCACACCCCCCGCAUUCCUUCCAAGCGUCAGGCCAAUGGCCAGCCGAAGCAAAAGACCCUCUCCGCUGAGAAGGAGAAGAAGGUCAUGGACUUGAUUGCUCAGCUCGAUGCCGAUGCCGACGACCUCACCGACUCCGACCUUGCCGCCGAGCGCGCUCAGUACCAGGAGAGCGGCAACAAGCGACGUCGCCUCAUGCAAGAAAAGGACGGCAGCCGCAACGUCGACCGACGCGAAGACUUCUCAACUGAAAUAGGUCGAAGGUUGGGUGCCCUUGCCGACCUUGGAAAGCGCCGUUACGACGACAUCUACUACGAGGAAGCAAUGAACGAGGUCCGCGAGCGCGAGCUCUUCGCUGAGAAGGAGCGCAAGAAGGACAUGCAACGCAAGCGUCGUCGCGAAAAGUCCAUGGCCGUCACGAUGGAGCAGCAGAAGCUGGCCCUCGAACGCGCCCGCCUGGCCGAGGACGAGACGGAGAAGGCGAAGCACCUUCGAGAUGCCGAGCGUGCUAACAAGAAGGCUCUGCAAACCAAGCUCAUCCUCCAAAAGGGCAUCAAGGGACCUGCCCGCAACCUGGUCGAGUUGAACCUCGACGGAGGUACCAUGGCCACCUUCCAGGCGUCAGACAUGGAGCCCGGUACAAAGCCCAAGAGCAAGGGCCGCAGCGGUCCCCGGCCGAAGAAGUCCAAGGAGCAAAAGCAGGCAGAAAAGGACGCUGCCGAAGCUGCCCAGGCCGCCAUUGACGCCGGCGAGGAGCUCCCGGUGAAGGAAGAGUCCAAGAUCCGUAUCAAGUUCAGCAAGAAGUCCAAAGACAAGGACAAGGAAAAAGACAAGAACAAGGACAAGGACCAGGACGAGCCCGACGUUGAGGUCGAGGGCGAUGUCGAGGCCGAGGUCGACGAUGACACCAUUGUCGAGCCCGUCAAGGAGAAAAAGGAGAAGAAGGGCAAGAAGAAGGACAAGGAGAAGAAGGAGGAGAAGCCCGAGGAGCCUCCCAACAAGGACGCCAAGUUCGAGACCAAGGGCUUCCUCCAGAUCUACGACCAGAUCUGGCGCGACCUUGCCCGCAAGGACGUUAGCAAGACGUACAAGAUGGCGGCCGAGUCGUACCAGACCAAGGCGUCCAACCUCAAGAAGACGGCCAUUCUCGCCUCCAAGGAGGCCAAGAGAUGGCAGCUCCGGACGAACAAGGGCACCAAAGAUCAGCAGGCCCGCGCCAAGCGCGUCAUGCGCGACAUGAUGGGCUUCUGGAAGCGCAACGAGCGCGAGGAGCGUGAUCUCCGCAAGGCGGCCGAGAAGCAGGAGAUUGAGAACGCCCGCAAAGAAGAGGCCGAACGCGAAGCCGCCCGCCAGAAGAGAAAGCUCAAUUUCCUCAUCUCCCAGACCGAGUUGUACUCCCAUUUCAUUGGCAAGAAGAUCAAGACCGACGAGGUCGAGCGCAGUACCGAUAACCCCGAGAUUGCCGCCGAGAACAAGGUCGACACCGGACACAACAAGAACUUCGAUAUCGUUGAGCCGACUGGGCCCGUCGGCGCCAAGGUCACCGACUUUGAGAACCUAACGUUUGAGGAAGAGGACGAGGAGACGCUACGCCAGGCGGCCAUGGCCAACGCCCAGAACGCUAUCGCCGAGGCCCAGAGAAAGGCCAGGCAGUUCAACGAGCCUGACGGUCCCGACAUGGAUGAGGAGGGCGAGAUGAACUUCCAGAACCCCGCCGGCAUGGGCGAUGUGGCCAUCGAGCAGCCCAAGCUGAUCAACGCCCAGCUCAAGGAGUACCAGCUCAAGGGCCUCAACUGGCUAGCCAACCUGUACGAGCAGGGCAUCAACGGCAUCCUCGCCGACGAGAUGGGUCUCGGAAAGACGGUCCAGUCCAUCUCCGUCAUGGCCUAUCUCGCCGAGAAGUACGACAUCUGGGGCCCGUUCCUCGUCGUCGCGCCCGCCUCUACGCUCCACAACUGGGAGCAGGAAAUCCGAAAGUUCGUGCCCGAGUUCAAGAUCCUCCCCUACUGGGGCUCGGCGGGCGACCGAAAGGUGCUCCGCAAGUUCUGGGACCGCAAGCACACAACGUACAAGAAGGACGCGUCUUUUCACGUCUGCGUCACGUCGUACCAGCUCGUCGUUUCCGACGUUGCCUACUUCCAGAAGAUGAAGUGGCAGUACAUGAUCCUCGACGAGGCCCAGGCCAUCAAGAGCUCGCAGAGUUCCCGAUGGAAGAGUCUGCUCAAUUUCCACUGCCGCAACCGUCUCCUUCUCACUGGCACGCCCAUCCAAAAUAACAUGCAGGAGCUGUGGGCUCUGCUCCAUUUCAUCAUGCCGUCUCUGUUCGACUCCCACGACGAGUUUAGCGAGUGGUUUUCCAAGGACAUUGAGUCGCAUGCCCAGAGCAACACGAAGCUCAACGAGGACCAGCUCAAGCGUCUACACAUGAUUUUGAAGCCGUUCAUGUUACGUCGUGUCAAGAAGCAUGUCCAGAAGGAGCUGGGCGACAAGAUCGAGGAGGACGUCUACUGCGAUCUCACGUACAGACAGCGGGCCAUCUACAGCAACCUGAGGAAUCAAAUUAGUAUCAUGGACCUCAUUGAGAAGGCGACCACGGGCGAUGACAACGACUCGGGAACGCUCAUGAACCUCGUCAUGCAGUUCCGAAAGGUGUGCAACCACCCCGACUUGUUCGAGCGGGCCGACACGUCGUCGCCCUUCUCGUUCGGCUACUUUGCCGAGACAGCCUCCUUCGUCCGAGAAGGCAGCAUGGUGCCCGUGGCCUACUCCACCCGCAACCUGGUCGAAUACGAGCUGCCACGCUUGGUGUGGAGAGAAGACGGCAGGCUGUACAAGACCGGCCGGGACAACCUCACGGCCGGCUGGCGGAACAAGAGCCUUCAGCACAUGAUGAACAUUUUCACGCCGGAGCACGUCCGCGACAGUCUGGAGGGAUCCGACGCCUUCUCGUUCCUGCGCUUCGCCGAUGCCAGCCCGGCCGAGGUCUACAAGGCCAGUCACGAGGAUGUCUUCACUCGCGCCGUCGAACUGUCGCAAAAGAAAGAUCGCCUGUCCCUCUUCAACGUUGCCUAUGACGAGCCCGAGGACAUCAACUUCACACCGGCACACGCUCUGUUCAACAUCACGGCCCGGAAUAACCGGAAGCCGUUGACCGAAAUCACUCAGGAGGGUCUCCUGGCCAACCUCAUGAACGUGGCCCGAGAGGAGUACGACACCAGUGGCCUGGGACGUCUGGAGCCGGCCGGUCGACCUCGCGCGACGGCGCCGCCCAUCGAAGUGAGCUGCUGCAGUCGCGGAACGGCGCUCGAGACGGAGAGUAUUCUUUUCAACGUGGGCAUGCGCAAGAGCCUGUUCGGCCCGAGCAUCCACGAGGAGCGCGCCAUGGUCACGGAGAAGAUCCCUCUGGAGCGCUUCCCGCCUCGCAAAUUGCUCCCCGCGCCCGACAACGAGAAGAAGAAGUUCAACAACAUCGCCGUCCCCUCGAUGCGCCGCUUUGUUACCGACAGCGGUAAACUGGCUACGCUCGACAAGCUGUUGACCAAGCUCAAGGCCGAGGGCCAUCGUGUGCUGCUCUACUUCCAGAUGACGCGCAUGAUCGACCUCAUGGAGGAGUACUUGACGUACCGCAACUACAAGUACUGCCGACUCGACGGUUCGACCAAGCUGGAGGACAGAAGAGACACUGUGGCCGACUUCCAGACGCGGCCCGAGAUCUUUAUCUUCCUGUUGUCGACGCGUGCCGGUGGUCUCGGCAUCAACCUUACUUCCGCCGACACCGUCAUCUUCUACGACUCGGACUGGAAUCCUACGAUCGAUUCGCAGGCCAUGGACCGAGCCCACAGACUGGGUCAGACCCGGCAGGUCACCGUGUACCGCCUCAUCACUAAGGGUACGAUUGAGGAACGGAUCCGGAAGCGUGCCAUGCAGAAGGAAGAGGUGCAGCGCGUCGUCAUCCAGGGAGGCGGUGCCAGUGUCGACUUCUCUGGCCGUCGCGCACCCGAGAACCGCAAUCGCGACAUUGCCAUGUGGCUUGCGGACGACGAGCAGGCCGAGCUCAUUGAGCAGCGCGAGAGGGAACUUCUCGAGAGCGGCGAGCUUGAGAAGCCCCAGAAGAAGAAGCCCACCAAGCGCAAGCGGGUCGUGAACGAGGACAUCAGCCUCGACGAGAUGUACCACGAGGGCGAGGGCAACUUUGACGACAACCGCGGGGGCGCCGCCGGAACCUCGGGCACCGCCACGCCUGUUGCUGAGCCCGACGCCAAGGGGUCCAAGAAGCGACGCACCGGCGGAGGCAAGAAGGCCAAGACGCUGAAGCAGAGACUGGCCGUCGCCGACGGGCAGGUCUGAUAGACACGCCCUUAUACGAAGUGAGAAGAGCGCGAUUACAGUAAAACAAGAAGCCAGCAGUUGGCACGAGGAGCAGGCAAACGGUCGUAUGGAUUGUAGCAAUAUGGAUUACGGAUGGGACACUGCUGGGCGCGCGAGAUAAUGCCUGGCGUCGGAGCGGAAACGCGAUUUGCAUCAAGACGACGGGCCGCCCGCCGCUGCGUCUUUCUUUUGACGGUGCUGCGGUUCGUUUGUUAGACUUUUUACACAAAAAAAGCUUCUUUUGUGUGUACUUUUUUCUUUUUCCUUUUUCUUUUCUUCUGCCUCUUUCAAGACUUGGGGCCGAUGCAUGUUAGCCUUAGAUGGCUCUUAGUUUUGGGAGGAUCCGAGACGCGAGGUGGGGAUUAUUCAGAGGGAAGCAACAUUCAGAAUGAGUUGUACGAUGGCAGAAGGCUUGGGGCAGUGUCCCGAUGGGGCGGACGAUGAACUGCACAUGCCAUGCGGCUGUAUUACUACUACUUGCUACCUUAACCUCGGACGAAUGGAGCCGCUACUGAGAUGAAGACUGCCG